AUGUCCUAUCCUUAUUAUCAACAACCGACUUACCGCGGUUUCCCUCCCCAGCUUCGUUCUGGUUCUUCUUCUUCUCCCGCUGUUCCCCCGAAUAAACCUGCGUCAUCUUCGCCUGCCCCUCAAGGCUAUCCGCAACCUCCUUACAGCCCUCACCCCCAAUCUCCCCAGCAGCCUCCUUACAGCCCUCACCCCCAAUCUCCUUACGGCCAGCUGCCGCCGCAGGGCUUUGGAAGGCCUCCUCAGCCUUACGGCGCCCCACCUGGCCCGUAUCCCCAGCAGCCGUUUUAUGGACAGUAUCCUCCCGGUCCUACCGGUCCUCCCUACCCCGGUGGUCCUCCUGGUCCGUCUGGUGGUGCGCCGCCCGGUCCUGGUGGAUAUGGUGUUCCCGCACCUGGAGGCCCGCCCGCGCCGGCUACUCCCCAGCAGGUCGCUGCUUACCGUCGGCUUUUGAUCGAUACCAUCCAAGAGAAGAAUCUGCAGAGUUUCUAUCCUCCCGAACGACUGGACCAGCUCGUGCAACGCCUCGCCAUUGAAGCGCCCAUCAAACUCAAUAGCUUGGUUCAUGAGUGGGCUGUUCCCAUGGAGGUUGUGACGGAUGUCAUGAAGCUGUCAUUGUUCGACGUGAUCCUCUACGUUGAUGACAGUGGCUCCAUCGAGUUCGAAGAGAAGGGUGUGCGCAAGGAACAACUCAAGCAGAUCAUCAGCAUCGUCGCCACGGCUGCCUCCACCUUCGACCAGGAUGGCAUCUCCGUGCGCUUCAUGAACAACAUGGAAGCUGGCGAUGGUAUCCGCAACGCAGACGAUGUUACCAUGCUCACCUCGCGCGUCCGUUUCCAAGGUUUGACUCCCUUGGGAUCCAGCCUGCGGAACAAGGUUCUCGAACCCAUGGUUAUUGGUCCCGCACGCGCCGGCCGUCUAGACAAACCAGUGCUCGUCAUUACUAUCACCGAUGGUCAGCCUGCUGGCGAACCACACGACAGUGUAGCGAACAGCAUCCGUUAUGCGGUUGAGGAGGUUUCGCGUACGCGCUACGGUCGCGGUGCUGUUUCUUUCCAGUUCACUCAGGUUGGAAAUGAUACUAGAGCUCGUGACUUUUUGUCAGCUCUUGAUGAAGAUCCUAGCAUUGGAAACCUCAUCGAUUGCACUUCCAACUUUGAGGUUGAGCAGGAUGAAAUGUCGCGCGCCAACCCUCCGGUGUUCCUCACGCGAGAGCUCUGGUGCGCCAAGUUGAUGCUCGGUGCCAUUGACUCGUCAUACGACGCCAAAGACGAAAAGGCUUCUGGUCGCCCUGGCCCUGGUGGUCCUCCUCCCAUGUCUGGUCCUCCUUCCGGCCCUCCUCUUGGAGCUCGACCCCCUGGACCUCCUGGUGCUGGCCCCGGUGGCCCUCCUCCCGGUCCAUACGGCGGCUACAGCCAGGGACCUAGCUACGGUACCCCCGGAUACUACAGUCCCUCGCCAGCUGGCCCCGGCCCCGGCUAUCCUCAAAACCCAUACGGUGCUCCUAGCCCCAGUCCGUACGGCGCAGCUCCGGGUGGCCCUAGCCCCAGUCCUUACGGCCAAGCGCCAUACCCCCCGAGCUCUGGCCCCCCCCAAGGUGGAUACGCUCCGUCGCCGUACGGUGGAUAUGGACGACCUCCUUCGGGCCCCCCUGGUUAUCCUCAAGGACCGUAUGGACAACCGCCCGCCCCGCCGCGGUACUAG